GUCAAAGAAAAUAUACACGCCUUCAAAGGUGAUCCCAAACGCAUAACACUGUUUGGUGAGGGGGCUGGCAGUUGGUCGGUAGCGGCGCACAUAAUAUCCCCGCUGACCAAAGGCCUGUUCAAUAGGGCGAUCCUCAGCAGCGGUGCACUCCUUGAGUUCAAAAACAACGGGUUUCUCAACAAAACCGAGGCUUUGAAACAAUCCAAGGAAAUGGCGAAACAGUUUGGGUGUCAACUGAAGGGCAUGUUUGCGAAGAAUUGGAUGGAGUGCCUCAAAGAUCCUAAAAAAAUAAACCCUAAUGAACUCAGCAAGUACACCAGCUUCUUUGCUUACCCGGUCUAUGGCACUGAAUACCUGCCCUACAACGCACAGACAGCUUUUAAAAAAGGCAAAUUCAGAGAUGACAUUGAGUUGAUGGCCGGUGUGACCACAAACGAGGGCCCUAUAAUCACAAAGUUUGUCUACCCGGUCACUAACAUACAGUCCAUAGCCUCGAAACAGGACUUCCAGUUCACAGUCAAUCGGAUGCCAUUUGACGGCCUAAAGAAGGAUAAAAUAAUAGACUUUUAUAUCUCGCGAGACAAAGACCCGUUCGCUACCGAGAGGUUUAACACGGCUUUCAACGAGUUUUACGCCGACUUCCGGACGGUGUGUCCGACGUAUCUCUUCGCACAACUGUUUGCCAAAUACUCAUCCGAUGGGAACGUCUACUUCUAUCAGUACACCAAACGUCCCGUCGCUCAGUGCGAGUCACACAUGAGUCGAUGCCAUGUCAGCGAAGACAUGAGUUUCGUGUUCGGAGAGCCCGUCCUCUUGACUCCGCCCGAAGCGCCGAAGCCAUCGGCUGUCAGUACUAUAACCACUGCUAUAGUGGCCCAACAAAAGGCACGACUGGCCGCCCAAAAGGUACGACUGGCCGCCCAAAAGGUACAAAAGGCUAAACUCGCAAAACAACAAAGAGCUAAGGCUGCUGCCCGGCCUGUCAAAGUUCCCGUCACUACGCCUGUUCAACAGGUAGUUGUUGCACAACCGGCCGAUACGGUUCUACCAGCGGCUGGUCAGGAACAGCCUGCCAGCCCUCCAGCAGAUCCCAAUGCCGCCGCUCCAGUAGGUGAUAGCAAUCCUCCUCCCCCUCAAGAUCCCAAAGCUGCCCCACCCGCUGUUGCUCCGGCUGAUGGUCAGGCGCCGCCUCCCGCUCCAGAAACUAGUGGACAGCCGGUCGAAGUGACAACGGGUGCACCCAUUGGGGGUGAAGUGCCGCCUAUGGCUCACAAAUUAAAACCUUUAGCCGCGGCUAAAGUUAUUGUCCCCAAACCGGCUCAUGAAGCCAAUGAUACCGAGGAUACCGAUGCUGUCACUGAUACCGCUACCGAGGAUACUGUGCUUAAAGAAAGUGCGCCACUACCUGCUCCUGACACUACAGCUGUAGCAGCACCUGUAUCAACUGAUCCGCCAUCCACUCCAUCUCCCAUUGAACCAGUAGCUGGAACAGUAGUGGCGCCGGUGGCUGACACUCCUGUUACAGAACCACCACAACCACCACCUCAAGAAGUAGCAGCGCCUGUAGCCGGAGUCCAGGCUGUACCAGAUGCUGCCAGUGCCCCACCACCCAGUGAUGCCCAACCUGUGAGCGAACCUCCAGCUCCGGUUGUUGGUGCCGGGGCUGCUCAACCUAUACCAGAACCUAUAAGUACAGCCGACUGGAGUGAAGGUGCGACACCGGACCCCAUGAUAGAACAGCCAACCGAUGGUAAUAAUACCGAGGUGAAAGUGUUGACGGCCGCCGAUCUGCUCAAAAUGAUAAUACCGGAGCCGCCCAUCGAAACCGGAAGUGAUUCAGAAUUUAGUAAAAGAGUAAUGACUUUGUGGACUAAUUUCGCCAAAACUGGGAUGCCGACGGAUAAGAAAAAGUGGCCGAAACUGAAAAAUCCUGUCAAAGGAUUGUUUGGCAAAACUUCGGCCAAAUUCUAUGAGUUGAAUGCAGCCGUCAGUCACCAUAUCGUGGAGAAUGCUUUUGAGGAGACUUGCGAUACAUUUUGGAAAGACUAUUACCAAUGA